CAGACCCCUUGAGGCUGCCAUUUCGGUUGAUUCCAUUUUAUUGCCAGACCGGAAACUGCGCCUCCCAACGUCCAACUUGACAAUUCUACCACUUCCAACCUGAGCCCACGCCGCAUUUGGUUGCUCUAGUCACAGCGCGCGCUUGUCUGAAAUCAUUUCAUAUCUCCUAAAACUCGACGGCAAAGCGAAUUGAAUACUGCGAUCUAGACAGAGCAAAUCACACUACACACUUUACACAAAAUGUCGGGCUUAGACGUCGAGGCUCUCCUCGAUUCCACUGCCUCUAGCAAGGAGCAGCAGAUGGAUGUCGACCCUCCAACCACCAACGGCGGCGCUGACCAGAAUGGUUCCAAAUCCGAACGCCGCGACCGUGACAGUGACCGCGAUAAAGAGCGCGAGCGAGACCGUGACCGGGGCCGAGAUAGCAGCAGGGACCGUGGCAGGAGAUAUCGUGACCGUAGUUCGGGUCGCCUUCGCAACUCGUCGAGUGAGGCUGGUAGAGACACCCCCCGCAGUGAUGCCGGAAGUCACCGAAGUAGGCGUCGAAGCCGGAGCCGUGAUUCUGGCAGACACUCACGCCGUCACAGAGAUGGAGACUACUACCGAGGCCGCCGAGGCCGCUCCCGAUCUCGCUCCCCGAACCGCUACUACCGGCCCCGGGGCGACGAUCGCCGCGACCGCGGUGACAGCUACCGUCGACGUGACGACGACCGCCGCAGCGGCAGAAACACCCCAAGGGCCCGGGAUGGUACUCCUCAGCCCCUGACCGAGGACGAGCGUGAUCGUCGCACCGUGUUCGUGCAGCAGUUGGCUGCCCGUCUGCGCACUCGCGAACUCAAGGAGUUUUUCGAAAAAGUCGGCCCUGUUGCCGAGGCCCAGAUCGUGAAGGAUAGGGUCAGCAAUCGCUCCAAGGGCGUUGGUUAUGUUGAAUUCAAGAACGAAGACUCCGUCCAAGCCGCUCUACAGCUCACUGGCCAGAAACUCCUAGGUAUUCCUGUCAUCGUCCAGCUUACCGAGGCUGAGAAGAACCGCCAAGUGCGCACCACAGAGACCUCUGGACACCACCCCAACUCGAUUCCCUUCCACCGACUCUACGUGGGCAACAUCCAUUUUAGCAUCACGGAGCAAGAUUUGCAGAAUGUGUUUGAGCCCUUUGGUGAGCUCGAGUUUGUACAGCUCCAAAAGGAUGACAACGGCAGGAGCCGUGGUUACGGAUUUGUACAGUUCCGUGACGCUGGUCAAGCCAGAGAGGCCCUCGAAAAGAUGAACGGGUUCGACCUCGCUGGUCGCCCGAUUCGUGUGGGACUUGGAAACGAUAAGUUUACCCCAGAGUCCACUGCCAAUCUCCUGCAGAGGUUCCAAGGCCAGAAUCAUCAUCAACAAUUCCAGGGAUCCGCUUUCUCGGGCGCCGGUGGACGUGGCCCCGCUACCUCCAAUUUUGAUCGCGCUGGCGCACGCGACAACGAAAAAGGCACCGGUGCCAGUGCUCUCGACGACACCGACGUUGCUGGUGUCAACUUCAACAACUAUAGUCGUGAUGCCCUGAUGAGGAAGUUGGCACGAACUGACGAGCCACCUGCUAGCGUCAUUCCUGAGCGACAGAUUCUCAAGCCCAAGACGGAGACCAAGCCGCUGCCUGUCAACGUGAACAUGGCCAGCCGAUGCGUUGUUCUCCACAACAUGUUUGACCCUGCUGAGGAAGAGGGUGAGAACUGGAUCAAGGAGCUCGAGGACGAUGUCCGCGAAGAGGCCGAGGCCAAGUAUGGCCACGUCGUUCACAUUUCUCUAGAUCCCAACUCGGCCGGCGACAUCUACCUCAAGUUCGAUAAGGUCCAGGGAGGAGAAAACGCCAUCAAGGGCUUGAACGGCCGGUAUUUCGGUGGGAGAAUGAUUACCGCUGCACCUGUUGUGGACGCGGUCUACAGCAGUUUGUUCUCUCGCUCAAAGGCGAUCUAAGACGCUAAUCACGACUUUAACUGCGUUUCCUAGGCAUUCUCACUAGUCUCGACAGCCCCACGAGGGAGCGACGGUCACUUAUCUCUAGGAUCCCCUGUUGUCUUUCAUGCCGUCGAGCGAGCAAAUUGUCCUGCUAUAUAUCCAUCCAGCCAUACAACAUCUAGCGCAACCAGUGAUGGACAACAUCCAGCAUUCAAGUUUGAAGAUGCUCUCUCAAGGUUUCACGGCACACUACACCACAACCGGUCUUCGCAAGGACCAUUGAUCCCUCGCUGAUGAAGAUGCAAUGACAGACAAUCGUCCCCGCUGCUCUCUUCUCACUGCCAUUUUUUUCGAGACCGAAGAAGCGAACUGGGUGGACCGGGGGUUUGCCCUACUGCUUCUUCAUCUGCAAAGCAGCUCUUCCCACAUAGCGGUUAAGCGACCGAAUACUGAUUUCUGUCUUGCACCAGAAGAGACAAUGGGAGACUGUGUCGUCCAUGGAGAAGGCGAGACCAUAGCGACGGCGAGAUUCUCACCACAUUGCGCUUGCAACGCAUUUGAGCCACGGGAGACUUAUUCUAUGCACUGACGCCGUGCAUCACGAAAAGGUAUCAACCUCUCCCUUCAGAGCUCGACUUAUCCUACUACGUCCGGUGGCGUUCCUUCGAUGCAAUGACCUUGUUUCUUAGAUGCAUUUAUGUCGUUCGUCAUUUAGCGAAAUUGUAUUAGAUUUGGGGAAAAACAAUAACAAGGGUCAUUCAAGCUUC